AUCACUCGCAGUGGAAUAAUACACUCUCAGAUUCGCAAUCCCGGAUCACUCGUCUUCCUUCUUCGAUCCCCCAAGUCUCUACUCUCGUACGGGCACCAAUGGGUUCGUGGAUCAGAAACCAGCGGGCCAAGAUCCUCAAGGCCUCGUGGGGGCCGCUGCAACGACCGAUGCGAUGGCCAUGGAAUUACGACGACAGGGAGCAGAGGAAGAGGAUCCCGGAAGAGUACGAGCGACGCAAGAAGCAGCUCCACGAUCUCUGCCUUGCCCUCAAGGCCGAGUCCGUCUCGGACUUGCAGGACAUUCUUUGCUGCAUGGUCCUCUCCGAGUGCGUUUACACGAGGCCUGCUGAUGAGUUGGUUCGAGCUGUAAAUAAAUUCAAGGCUGACUUUGGAGGACAAGUUGUUUCUUUGGAGCGUGUGCAACCUUCUUCAGAUCAUGUUCCACACGGGUACUUGUUGGCAGAAGCAGGUGACGCAUUAUUUGCUUCCUUUGUCGGAACAAAUCAGUACAAGGAUGUCAUGGCUGAUGCAAAUAUACUGCAAGGUGCUAUCUUUCAUGAUUCCGUCGAAGAUGCUGAGGAAAUUGAUGCUGUCAAAUCUAAACAACAUGAAAGUCCAACGGGAAAUUCGGAAUACUUAGGGAAUCCCCUUGAAACAAAAUCUAAGCAACUUAAAGAUAAAUCUAAACCUGCUGCCCAUCGGGGCUUUUUGGCUCGUGCUAAAGGGAUACCUGCUUUGGAGCUAUACAAGCUUGCUCAGAAGAAGAAGAGGAAGCUUGUAUUAUGCGGACAUUCACUUGGUGGAGCAGUUGCAGUUUUAGCUACCCUCGCCAUUUUGAGGGUUAUAGCUGCAUCAUCAUCAAAGGAAGGUGAUACAGUUUUAAUUAAAUGUAUAACAUUCUCCCAGCCACCAGUUGGAAAUGCUGCUUUAAGAGAUUAUGUUAAUAGAAAAGGCUGGCAGCAUUAUUUUAAGAGUUACUGCAUUCCAGAAGAUCUGGUGCCCCGCAUACUUUCUCCAGCAUAUUUUCAUCAUUAUAAUGAUCAGGCUCAACCGAUGCCUGCUGAAGCUGAAUCUUUUAAUUUUUCAAUGUUAAAACAUGAUGAGGGGAUAGAGAAGCUAAAAGACAAUGAAGGGGAGCAGUUGGUUUUGGGGUUGGGUCCUGUACAACGAUCAUUUUGGAGACUCUCAAGGCUUGUUCCUUUGGAGAGUGUGAGGAGACAGUUGAACAAAUACAGAGAAAAAGGAGUUAACUCUGUUGAAACGUCUUCUUCAGCUGAUUCUGUUGCAGAAAAUUGGGUUGAAGAUGAUGUAGUUGAACCACAGUCUCUCGAAAUCCAGGAGGGUUCAGAUGGCAUUUCUCUUAAGCCAAUUUCUGACACUGAUAAAAUGCUACCAGAUGUAGCAACAAGUGGAAAGUUAGCAGAACAAGGGAACAUUAAAGCUGGGGAUGGUGGGAACUGGCUCAGGGUGCCUUAUUUAACUUCUUAUGUACCAUUUGGGCAGCUUUAUCUCUUGGGGAAUUCAUCAGUGGAAUCACUGUCAAGUGCAGAGUAUUCAAAGUCAACCUCGGUCAAAUCUGUUAUUACGGAGUUAAAGGAACUAUUUCAGUCACAUUCCAUGAAGUCAUAUAGAUCUCGAUUUCAGAGAAUCUAUGACCUAUACAUGAGUGAUAAUCCUACAUCUUUCCUUGGAAUUGAGCAACAGCCACAGUUUCCUCAUCUACAGCAGUGGCUUGGUCUUUCAGUUGCAGGUGCUGUUGAGCUUGGGCAUAUUGUAGAGUCUCCAGUCAUUCACACAGCUACUUCAAUCGCUCCUCUUGGAUGGAAUGGAGUACCUGAUGAGAAGAAUGGAGAUCUUCUAAAAGUUGAUAUCACUGGAUUGAGGUUGCAUCUCUGCACGCUUGUUCAUGCUCAAGUGAACGGUAACUGGUGUUCCACUAGAGUAGAAUUGUUUCCUUCGGUUCCAGCUUAUUCUUCAAAUUAUGGAGUGGAGCCAGAAUUGCAAACGAUGCGGGUUGUAGUUGGAGCACCAUUGAGACAGCCAUUAAAGCAUCAGAUAGUGGCAGAUACAUUGGUGCCCAUGUUUCCUUCUAUUCAUUCAGAUGCUGCCAAUCUCACUCAUGUAAAUACUUCAGGAUUCUUUCAUGAUGAAAAAAUCGUCCAUGCUGAAGGUUUGGGUGAUUUUCGCAUAUUCUGCACCAGUGAUUUUGCUACUGUGUCUAAGGAGGUUCAAGUCAGAAUUCGUAGGGUCCGGCUACUUGGCCUUGAGGGUGCUGGUAAAACAGCUCUUCUUAAGUCAAUACUCUGUCAAAGAAAAGUGAACACUAUCUCCAAUAAUGAGAACAUGCUCCCUGAGGCUGAUGUUCAAGAGGGUAUUGUUGGUGGGUUAUGCUACUGCGACACAGCAGGGAUAAAUUUGCAGGAUCUGAAUGGGGAGAUUUCUCGUUUCAGGGAUGAACUGUGGAUGGGAAUUCGUGACCUAAAUCAGAAGACAGAUUUGAUUGUUCUUGUGCAUAACUUGUCCCAUAAAAUACCUCGAUACAAUCACUCAGACUUGUCACAACAGAAGCCAGUGCUUUCACUUAUGUUAGAUGAGGCCCAAUCACUCGGAAUCCCUUGGGUCCUCGCCAUAACAAAUAUAUUUUCUGUCAGUGCAAAUCAGCAAAAAGCAGCAGUUGAUGCUGUUGUACAGGCAUACCAAGUAUCUUUAAGUGCAACUGCAGUUAUCAAUUCCUGUCCAUAUGUUAUACCCAGUGCUGCAAGUGCUUCUUCUUGGGAUGCAAUUGUUCGGAGGCCUUUCCAGAAGAAAGAUAUCGUUCUUCCAAUGGAGGGUGUCUCAUCACUCUGUCAGCUGGUCCACCGUGUGCUUCAGAGCCAUGCAGAGGUCUCUUUCCAGGAACUUGCUAGAGAUAGACUUAUGUUGGAAUUGGCACGAGAACGUGCGAUGACAAUGGAUGCAAGUGCAGAUUCCCAAGACAAGGCGUUCUCCUUAACAUCUGCAGCGGUGGGUGCUUCCCUUGGUGCUGGUCUUGCCCUUGUCUUGGCUGUUGUGAUGGGUGCAGCAUCUGCCUUGAGGAAGGCCUGAGCAUCUAUCAUGUUUUUUUUUUUUGCCUCUUCAUAUUUCAGGACUGCAUGUGUUCCAGGAUUGAGCUUUGGGUACAAUAUCUCGUUGCUUUCCCCAUAAGUGGCCCAGUAGAGUUCAUUAUUUAGGUUCCACUAUCGGAUGACCAGUCAUUUUGUUUAUAUAAUAUUUAUAGGCAAGGAGGUUAGGCGUCCUAACAAAAGUUUGUGUUUUUCUAAACCCGUGCCUUCUCUCCUGGAUGUACACAAAUUGUGUAUUUUUCAGUUUUAUUAGCAACAGAAUAGUUGCUCUUUACCCUUCA